AUGGAGAAAGGAAACCUCACGGCCACGAGGGAGCUCGUGCUCCUGGGACUGCCGGGCUCCUCGGCCCAUCCGCACGUCCUGGCCACGCUCUUCCUCUGCAUGUACUUGGUUGCCGUGUUGGGAAACACACUCAUGGUCCUGGCCGUGCGCAGUGACUCCCGCCUGCAUUCCCCCAUGUACCUCCUCCUUGGCCAUUUGGCCUUCGUCGACGUCUGCUUUGUUUCCACGACCGUCCCCAAGAUGGCGGUGAACCUGCUGACGGGCACCUCCACCAUCGCCCUGGCAGGCUGCCUUGCGCAGCUUUUCUUCUUCAUUUCUUUUGUGAACAUGGACAGCCUGCUGCUCUGUGCGAUGGCCUACGAUCGAUACGUGGCCAUCUGUCACCCUCUGCGCUAUGCCGCCCUGGUGAGCCCGCGGUUCUGCCUGAGGCUGGUGGCGGGGCUCUGGGCUCUCGCUGGCCUCCACGCCCUCCUGCACACCCUGCUGAUGGCCCGCCUGUCCUUCUGCGCCUCCAACGUCAUCCGCCACUUCUUCUGCGACCUCCACCCUCUCCUGCAGCUCUCCUGCUCCGACGUCUCCCUCAAUGUCUUGGUCAUCCUCUCGGUGGGGGCCCCGUUGGCUCUCACGCCCCUGGCCGGCAUCCUCACCUCUUAUGGACUCAUCCUCUGCACCGUUCUGAAGCUCACCUCCGCUCGGGGCAAGCAGAGAGCCUUCUCCACCUGCAGCGGCCACCUGUCCCUGGUGGUGCUGUUCUACAGCUCGGCCACCGCCGUCUACUUCAGCCCCGCCUCCCCCCACACGCCUGAGGGCGACGCGCUGUCGGCGGCCGUGUACGCGGUGGUCACUCCUAUGUUGAACCCCUUCCUCUACAGCCUCAGGAACAGGGAGGUGAAGGUAGCCUUGCAGAAGGUGCUGUGUGAGCCACUCUCAGCCGCGACCGCCACCCAAGACGGACGCUGA